AUGCAUGAGAAAGCAGGAGACCUUGAGCAUCAACCUAGCAAGAACGUUCCCAUCGACACUGAGGAUGACUUCAAGCUCACUUGGGGAAUGUCAUUCGCUAUGUUGGCUCUCCUCAGUGGAUACAUGUCAGCUGUCUUCUGCAUCCAAAUGGCUUCAGUCGCUCUAGUAACUAUCAAUGAAGAUAUUGGACCAAGCUCAUCUUUCACAUGGAUCGCAACCAGCCAAGUCAUCCCAGUAGCCGUAUUCGGCCCCAUGGUCGGCCGUCUAGGUGACAUUUUCGGUCGACGAAACUCUAUAAUGCUUGGCAACCUUUCCGGCCUAGUUGGGUGCGUAAUCUCUGCGACUGCUACACGCGUCGAGGUUGUCAUCGGUGGAGGAAUCUUCAUCGGCCUCGCAACAUCACUCCAGCAGCAAGCCUGGGCGGCUCUCGGCGAGAUCGUCCCUAAGAAGCAUCGAGGCCUUGUUCUUGGUCUGUUCGAACUGGCCAACAUCGCUCCUGGGGCAUUCGGGCCCAUCAUAGGCACUGCUGUCGUCAGGGGUGCUGGAUGGCGAUGGGUUUAUUGGUUCCCAUUCAUCCUGAACACUGUCGGAUUCUUUCUCAUCUUCCUAUUCUACCGCCCAAAGAACCAAUACAUCAAGGAGGCCGGAAGAACCAGAUGGCAAGAGGUCGCAGAUCUGGACUGGGUAGGAAUUUUCCUCUGGGGAGUCGGGCUAACCCUGUUCCUCCUCGGGAUCUCAUUUGGUGGGAGCCAGUUGGCAUGGAAAUCCGGAGGAACCAUCUCCAUGAUUGUUAUCGGGCUUGUUCUCUUGAUAGCCUUGGGAUUCUACGAAGCUUACGUCCCACAAGUGUUGCCACUGUUCCCAGGCGUCGUCCUCCGUAAAAUCCGAGGUGUCACUCUUGUGCUCAUCGGCACGUUCCUCUUCGGCAUGUUGUACUACUCUACUGCUGUGCUAUGGCCUCAACAGAUUCAAGUUCUAUACACACAGAACAUCAUCAAUGUUGGUUGGUACGCGUGCGCGCUCGGUAUGGCCGGUAUACCUACGAGUGUUCUCACUGGUUUCCUCUUUGCACGGGUCGGGCACUCGCGCAUCAUGUUCACAGUCAUCAUUGCUGUUGGCACUGUUGGCGCUGGAUUAAUGGCUCUCGUUUCUCCCAGCUCAAGCACCGAGUCUACUGUCUUCGUCGCCUUGAUCGGAGUAUGCACCGGCGGAGGAUUCGUCGUCGCCGCCGCCAUGAUCCAGCUGGCCGUCGAGCACGAGUACAUCGGCAUCGCGACCGCCCUGUGUGUCACGGCUCGUAAUGUCGGAGGCGCUGUCGCUACCGUCAUCUACACCGCCAUCUUCACCGGCCGACUCAAGUUCUACGUUUCACAAUUUGUCGUAGGGGGGUUGCUAAAGGCCGGUGUUGCUCCUACCAGCCUCGCUGGUGCUACCUUCGCUCUGCUAGGCCAGGGCCCUGUAUCUGGUCUCGCCGGACUGACCCCACAGCAGAUCGAGGUCGGCAUGAACGCGGUGAAGCAGUCAUACGCGCACGCUUUCCGCAUCGUCUAUCUGUCUUCGAUCGGCUUUGGCGUCGUUGGAACCGUCUGUGUAGCCUUCUGCAAGAACUGCGAUGACAAGAUGACGAACCACGUGGACAUCAAGCUCAAUGAAGGCGCGAAGCUUACCGGUAUUACUGAUGAAGGGAAGGGCCAUAUCAUCAGUGUUGAGGAGCAGGAGAACCUUCGUCAUCGCCACCAUCAUCAAUCAAAUUGAUCGAUCGCGGAUGCAGUCUCGAUCUGGAUCUUUAUCUCUGGGACUGUAUUGCUAGCUAGCUAUCUCUAAUAUGGCAGACACAAGUGUGUACAUAAUAAC